CAAAGAAUUCAUGCCGUUUCCAGAUUUUAUUGCACGCUAUUACAAUUCCUCCAGCACAUCAUCAACCUCGACGAAGCCUCUUUACUUCCCAUCAGGAGAUCACGAAUUCUCCCAACCACACAGGCAGGCAAAACCAGUCUGUUGUUUUUCCGUUGUACCCAUUCCAGGAAGAAAGGAAAAAAAUGACAUAAUGUCAGAAGGGGACAGUGUUGGUGAAUCGAUCCAUGGGAAACCAUCCACAAUCGGCAGCUUCUUCACACGGGUUGGACAGAUCUAUCAGUCAUGGCUAGACAAGUCAACGCCAUUCUCCAUAGGGCGAUGGGGAGUCACUCUUUCUCUAACGGCCAUCUACAUGAUCAGAGUGUACAUAUUACAGGGUUGGUAUAUUGUAACAUAUGCUCUGGGAAUCUACCAUCUUAACCUGUUCAUCGCUUUUCUAUCACCAAAAGUGGAUCCAUCAAUGCUUGACGAAGAUGAGGGCCCGGCGCUCCCCACCAAGCAGAACGAGGAGUUCCGCCCAUUCAUCAGGAGGUUGCCCGAAUUCAAAUUCUGGCAUUCGGCAACAAAAGGCAUCGUCAUUGCCAUGAUUUGCACAUUCUUCGAAGCCUUCAAUGUGCCUGUGUUCUGGCCCAUUCUCGUAAUGUACUUCAUCAUGCUUUUCUGCAUCACCAUGAAGAGGCAGAUCAAGCAUAUGGUCAAGUAUAGAUACCUACCCUUCACGCACGGGAAGAGGACUUACAGAGGCAAGGAAGACACAGGGAAACCUUUUGCUAGUUAAAAUAACCCCCCCACCCCCCUUCCCCCAUUUUGAAAAUUAAAAGUUGUGGAAAAAGAGUAUAUGGUGGGGAACAGGGGUCAAUGAUUGUCUGUGAGGGGAUUGAAAAAAAAAAAGAGAAGUGGGAAAAGAGUUUUGAUCCAAAAUGGUGACAGUGAUGGAUGUUAUUAUUGCUGAGGAUUGCUGUAGUCACAAGAAAACUCUGCCUUUGGUUAUUAUGGGGAUAUGAGUCGGUGAGCCAUCUUGCAGCCGCGGGAUAACAUUGUCUUAAGUCAGUGGAUGAAACGCAGUGUCGCCCUUUGCCUUGUAACCCCAUGGGGUAAGUAUAAACUCUGCUAGAGGGGGCGGCACUGGAUGAAUUUCAGUAGAAAUUUCAGUUGUGGAUUCUUAACGACUAUCCCUUUUCAACUGCUGUGCACUGCUCUGUCUCCAAGCAAAGUAACUACUUUUGAUUGAAGACUUGGUACCUACUCGUUUAUAACGUGUAAUUAUGGGAAGUCCUUAGGUUUAGAUUGAAAUAACGAUAAGAUGUAACAUUUUGAAAUUGAAGUAAAUAUGAAAUAUUUAAAUUGAUGAAUGAUGUGUCUCUGAGAUCAAGUGUAUUUUUGUGCCGGCUUGAAACCCCCCAACCUAAAUUUAUCCACUGUAUUUUAAUGCAGAAUGCAGUUACUUUUCAAUGACUGGUUAUGCUUCACUUGAACAAGGAUUCACUAACUACAUACAAUACCUAUCAUACUGUAACUAUUCAGAACCAUAAUCCAACCAUCUCUUUAUGGCAAAAGCAGUGAUUUAUGUAUAGGAGGUUGGCUAGAUAACAAGUCAGCUAAGAGUGCAAAUCACUGCAUGGCCAAGACUGAGUUAGUGUACUCUCCAGAGAAUAAACCAUCAUGGAGGAUUAUGAAAUGUUUCAUGUCAUGUUUUUUUAAAGACAUUAUGUACAGUGAGGUUUAAGAAUGCCUCGUUCAAGUUAAGUGUGGCUGAUUUUUAUUAAAAUGUGUUCUUGUUUUGCCCUA